AGCCGAGAGCCAUUUUUUUUUGACCCAUCACCAUGGCGCUUUGGCUUCCCGUCUCAGCGCCGAGCGUCGAAGCUCCCGCUCUCCAUGUGCAGUCUCGGAGCGCCCUGCGUGCCCGGCCUAGCCGAGGCAGCUCUACACCGCGGAGCCAUCGGUCACCUGUCCAAUCCGCGGCCGUAGGCUUUGGCCUGGCCGCUUUCGCGCGCCACGCGCGCGCGUUCAGAGCCGCGCGAGCUCAAGGAUCCGGCGCGAGUCGAUCCGCGGUAUCGCUGCGCGCCGCGCGGAUCGACACCUUUCUGGUGCCGGGGAAGAUGGACGCGGGGAAGUUGGCCAUGGCCGUGGCGCCGCUGGCGGCGCACAUCGACCUCUCCUGUCUUUGCUUCUUCGGGCUCAACGUGGACCCGGCGCUCAUCGCCUCGGUGGCAGGGGGAGCUCUGGGCAUCCACGGCAUGUGCCCUGUGUACAUUGCCGACUGCUAUGGCAUCAUCGGCUGGGACAAGAAGGAGGGAAAGAAUGUGGAGAUGAUGGAGAAGGGCCGAGGCAGCGAGUACGGCAAGCCAGGAGGCCAAGGGGGCGAGGGGGUGGUGGUGGUGGCCUUUCGCGGCAAGGAGCACGGAGGCGGGGGUCUGCAUAUGGUGGUCAAGGCCCAUGGCAAGGCGGAACUGGAGGCCGUCGAGGAGGGUGUCAGCUACGGGGGCUUCGCCAAGGCCUGCUACAAGCUGGAGCACUCGGGGGACCUGGUGGAGGUGGAUGAGUUUGUUGUCUCCUCCUCUGUGCCCUCUGCCGUGGUGAGCUUCGAUGGGGACGAUGCAAAGGAGGUUGCGGCGGGCACUGCGAAGAAGUUGCCGGGGGCGGCGACUGCCGCGGGCUACUUCCCUUGCUUCUGCCGGGGCUACAACAAGUACGAGAAGGACGGGGUGGAGCCGGAGGCCUUCGCCGGCUCUUUGGAGGGAGUGCCGCUCUUCGGCAUGUUCGCCCACGGAGAGCUUGGCCCUCUGAAGGCCACGGGCGCCGUAGCUGUGGCGGCCGGCGAGGCGCCACAGACGGAGCACGAGCAGCACUCCAUGACCUCCAUCUUGGCACUUUAUGCUUAGGCCGAAAUUCUGCCGCGGUGGCGCGUCCAUCCAG